AUGACCCCGGAGCAAUGGGAAUCAGAUAUUACAGAAGCCCAGAAAGCUCAUAUAGAUGGCUUCGCAUUGAAUGUUGGCCCCCAAGAUAGCUACACGGACGAUGUCGUCCACAAAGCGUUUGCAGCAGCAGAAAAGCUAGGCAACUUCUCACUCUUUCUCUCCUUUGACUAUGGGACUGGCGGGCCCUGGCCAGUAGAUCGGGUCAUAAAUAUGGUCAAUCAUUACAAAUGCAGCUCCGCCUAUUUCUACUACCAUAGGAAACCUUUGGUGUCGACGUUUGAAGGUACACAGAGCGUCGAUGACUGGCCGCGCAUCAAGGAUGCCACCGGUUGCGUAUUUAUUCCUACAUGGACUAGCCUCGGCCCUUCCGGGAUUACCAACACUUUUCACGUCGUUGAUGGAGCCUUCAGCUGGGAUGCUUGGCCUGUUGGGGCAGACGAUAAAGAUACCACGAGCGAUGAAGCGUGGGUGAAAGCGCUUGCUGGCAGGCCUUACAUGAUGCCUGUUUCUCCGUGGUUCUAUACCAAUCUUCCUCAGUGGCAGAAGAACUGGCUAUGGCGCGGUGAUGAUCUGUGGCACUAUCGCUGGCAGCAGAUUAUGGAGAUGCAGCCUGCUUUUGUACAGAUUAUUAGCUGGAACGAUUACGGGGAAACACACUAUAUUGGACCGAUCUACGAACCUGGUAUUCCCGAAGGAGCAGCACAUUAUGUUUCCAAUCACUCUCACGAUGCAUGGAGAGAGUUGCUACCGCAUUAUAUCGAUGUGUACAAAACACGGAACGGAACAAACGCCACGACCACGCAUCGAAUGGCCGAGACCAAUGCUUACAGCCCCAAAUACCCUGUCUCUUACGAAGAGAAAAUAAGUUACUGGUAUCGGACAAACCCGAGCACUUCCGGCAGCUCAAGCGGCACAACUGGCAACAAUCCAGCCAUGGGCCAGAAGGAGCUAAAUCCAGGUCAGGUCUCGCAGGACCGCGUUUUUGUCACCGUGCUGGUGACCGCUCCGAGUGGCGUUCAGGUCCAGAUCGGAGAUCAUGUGCCGACUGUGCUUCGUGCAUGCGCGGCCGGCAUUAAUCACUUUUCUGUCCCUUUCAAUGGGCAGACAGGGCCCGUGAAGAUGGCAAUCAUGCGGGAUGGACACGAGAUCGUCACGACCACUGGUCCUGCGAUCACGGAUCAAUGCGUGGACGGGAAGGUCAACUGGAACGCGGUGGUCGGUUCAAGUAAUGGAACCCAUACAGCUUGA